GCUCGAGCAAACGCUCAUUCAGACGAAUAUAAAGCACUAUCGUCGAUCAAUCAAGUCAGAGAGCCCGUAAGUGCAUCCGAAUAUUCAUCUCGGCAGCCUAGUCGCAAACGAUAAACGAAAACGUGGAAAAAAAAAAAGUCAUUAUUACACAAUACCGAUGCAUCGGACGUCCCUCCAAUAGCAUCGCGCGACCACCCGCACUAACACAGCUGCAUGCGCACACGUAGAGAGAAAAGGCCUAAGAGCUGUUUUUUCACGCGCAACACAGAUUACAAUGUUAUCUCGUCGUGAAGCAUAAAAAUAUUUGACGAACAUAUCAAGGCUUAUUAUUUCACGUGGCUAGCAGCUCCCUAGAAUCCUUCUCUGGUGCCAACGUAAUUUAACGACCUCGAUUCACAAAACGGCACAUAGACGCAAGCCGCGCAUUACCAGCACAGUUAAUAGUGCCAACUAUUCAACGCACAUGUCCAAAUUUUGAAGCACGACGCGCGAGUCUCAUCAGCAUAACGCGAUAACAGUCAUCGCGAUCGCUCAUCGCAACCACUGCAGGCAAUUAAAUCGCCCGAGGAGGAUCAAGUCGAGGAGGACGCAGCUUCGGCGCGAUAGGAGCCGCGCGUCUGCCCGACCGGUAUUUAAUGAGGCCGCCACGAUGGUGCUGAAGAAGAGCCUGAAGAAUGGCUUCAAACAGGGGGAGGACAAGGCCGGACUGGAGGCACGGCGAGUGGAGGAGAGCGAGGACGAGGAGGCGUCCAGCGAUUACGAGGCCUCCGACGGAGGAUGGGGUUGGAUGGUCACCCUCGGCCUCGUCGUCGUUUUCGUUACAACAAUUGGACCAAAUGCUUCAUUCACUAUUGUUUUUGGUGACUUUUUAGAAGGAACUAAUCAAGCUGGUUCCGUUACUACAAUGUUAAAUUCGUUAUUUAAUAUAAGUUAUUCCCUAGCAGGUUUGGUAACAAGUCCUCUGUUGAAGCAGUUCUCUAUGAGAUCAGUCGGCGUCAUAGGCGCCAUACUUUUUUCAGUGCCAAACGUUAUGAUGGCGUUCGUUCAUCAGGUUCUAGAAAUGGCUGUGAUUUUCUUCCUUCAAGGAAUUGGUCUAGGACUAAUGUUUACGAUAUGCAACACCAACUUUAAUGCCUAUUUCGAUAAGAAGAGGUCGAUGGUUAUGGGCAUAUCGCAGGCCGUGGUUGGCCUGGGAGGAAUCGUAUAUCCAACUGGUAUUGAACUUAUGAUGGAGGAGUACGGUUUUAGAGGGACGGCAGCAAUUCUAGGUGCAUUAAGUCUUCAUUGUAUCUCGGCAAUGGCACUAAUGCGACCACCGUCAAACUGGAAGGCGAAAUUUCGAAAUAAAAAGUCGAUUAAAGAUAACGAGCAGUUGGAUCAGACAAAAAAGCUAUUAGUACCUGAAAAUUCCCAGCCAGGACCACGUGAAAUUAAAGUUCUUAAGAGGGGCGAAAAAUGGAACAGCUGUAGAAGUUUACAAGAUGAUGAUAGGAAUAAAAAUCUAGAUCUGACGCCUGAAGUAAGGGUUGCUUCAGUUACGGAUGUACAAAGUGGUGUUUACCGGGGGCGCAGCAAGUCGCUGUUGGUCAGCGGCUGGUCCGACUGGAGCAGAUCGCGCAAAAAUGUCCUCAUGACAGGAUUCACAUCCUCGAGCCUGACGAAUCUCCGCGUGCAGCCCGGCACCGAGACCCUUAACAACGCGGUUAUGCAGUUGAGGCGCGCCCCCACCAAUACCAUAGCCGAGGUCGAACAGGACAGCGAGGCCGCUAUGAUCGAGGACAUUAACCGGAAAACGCCGAGGGCCAUCGGUUUAAGGAAUCGUCGCCUACUGGACAACCUCAUUGAUUUCUCCCUACUUAAGGACCGUCCCUUCCUCAACAUGUGCUUGGGCAUUAGCUUCGUAUUCACGAGCGACUUCACCUUCGCUGCCUUCUUGCCGUUGAUGAUGACCAGUCGCGGUUUCACGAAGGCUGACGCUGCCCUCGCCAUAACCGCCUCUGCGAGCGCCGAGCUCGUCUCGCGAAUCUGUCUCGCCAUAUUCACGAUAUUCGUCGACGCCAGACCCAAGAUGAUCUUCUUUGUCGCCAUGAUCGGCAUGACUCUCGCUAAGCUCGGCUACCUCUACCUCGAGGACACGCUCACGGGCACGAUGAUAAUGGUGGCGGCGAUCGGGGCGGCGCGCUCUUGGCUCCUCGUGCCCCAACCACUUGUUGUCGUGGAGAACGUCAGUGUCGAUCAGUUUGCCGCCGCAUACGGCGUUUACGCAGUCGUCAGUGGCAUCAUCUCCGUGUUGUUCGGGCCGUUCGCCGGUCUUAUAAAAGACUGGACCGACAGUUUUGUCGUCUGCCAAAUUGUACUUUUAGUCAUGAAUGCUUUGUUUAUUGUACCAUGGGCCAUGGAAAUUAUAAUGACCAGUAAACAAACGAAAAGUGACGCGUAACGCGAAUGAGCGAAUCAGUGCGAAAGUGCAAGGAAGACUGCUGGACAAAAUAUAGAAGAAUACCAAAAGUGAAUUUGCUAAAAUAGUUAAAUUUACUCCGUUCGUUGACUUAUCAAUCCCGAAUUUUAACAGAUCUAUACGUAUUUGUAUUUUAUAGUGUAAAGUUUAAGCAUAAAUUUUAAAUGGUGUGUAAUUCAUUCUUUAGUUGGCAUAAUUUUUUGGACUUUGACCGUUGCUAACUUAUUACACUACUCUGUAAUAAAUGACAUUUCAUAAAACUUUCUUAUAAUU